AUGCUGCAGAAGAUCGGCGUGCUCACCAAAGAGGAGCUGGACACCUUGAAGAAAGCCUUGAAGGAGAUCGAGGAACUUUGGAAGAAAGGUGAUUUCAAGGUGACGCGAAGCCAAGAAGACGGUCACACGGCCAUCGAGCAGUACAUCACCGAGAAGUAUGGCGAGGUGGGCAAGAAGAUCCACACCGGACGUUCUCGGAAUGACCAGUCUAUGACGAUGAUCCGGCUCUAUUCCUUAGAACAGUUGCGCUUGAUCCGGCAGCUGGCCAGUGAUUUGGCAACAGCGGCCGAGGCUAGGGUCAGUGACUUCAAUGCCGUGGCGAUGCCAGGAUACACCCACAUGCAGCGGGCCAUGCCCACCACCGUGGGCACCUGGCUGGGGUCCUUCGCCCAGGGCUGGAGGGACUCCACCAAGAUGUUGGAUGGCGCGAUCGGCGUCUUGGACCAGAACCCCCUGGGCUCCGCUGCGGGCUUCGGCAUCAACGGUCUAGCGCUGGACCGCGCGGAGACGGCGAAGCUCUUGGGCUUUCAGACAGUGCAAAGCAACCCCAUGUAUUGUGGCCUCAGCAGAGGGAUGUUUGAGAACGUUGCUUUGCAGGCCAUGAGCCUAGCGAUGGUCUUGAGCUCUCGAUUUGCCACAGACAUGAUGAUGUUCACUCAGCAAGAGACCUUGUUCUUGGCACUGCCUGACAACUUUGUGACAGGUUCUUCCAUCAUGCCCCAGAAGAAGAACUACGACCUCUUCGAGAUCAUGCGGGCCAAUGGCAAGGUUUUUGGCUCGUUGCAAAUGCAGAUCCAGGAGACGAUCGUGGGUUUGGGCAGUGGAUAUCAUCGUGACUUGCAGUGCACCAAGAAGGCCUUUGUAGAAGCCUGCAACUUGGAAGCCAUAGCCGCUGGUCUUGAAGCCUGA